AUGCCAUGUUAUGCUGAUACAAUUGUGAAGAUGAAAUAUGCUUGUCAGACUGUGAAAAAAGAAGAUAAUUUGAUUGUGAUUUGGGCUAUUGGUCUAUAUCCUAUGGAAUAUGAAAAUAGCGAAAUAGAAAUGGUUCAGUUCGUACCUAUUAAUUCUACUAAUAGAGAUCUUGAAUUUCAAGCUAUCUUUGAGAGAAACAGUUUUUUUUUUGUUGGUGGAAAGAUUGUAUUUAGUUUUUAUAAAAAUAAUAAAAGGCCGAAGAUGAUAGUGUUAAUUUUGACUAAUCUUGCAAUUUUGAAUAAGGUUGUUAAAUCUAAUAAGUGUUCUCUUGCGGUUUCUUUUAUUGGAGUUCCUCAAGAGUUACUAAGUGUCUUUGAAAGUGAUGAAACAGCUAUUUUUAGUGUGCUUAUAAAUAUAGUCAAGAAAUCUUUAAUUUUCAUUGUUGGACAAAUAGAAGUUAUCUUGAAUGAAUUCUAUAUUUAUACUAAAGAUAUUAAUCUUAUUGAUUUUAAUAAUUUUAAAAGGAAGAUUUUUGAUAACAGUUCUGAUUGUUCGUCUAAUGAUGUUAAUAUGACUCGGUCAAAACUUUUGUCUAUGCAUCAUAAUAUUAAUAAAAAUUUGAAGGAUAUUUAUAAGGAUGAUGUUUAUAGUUCUUCAAAGCGUGUUAGAGUUGAAAGUUGUGACGAAGUUGAUCAGUUUGAUGAUAUUGGAUGUUGCAGUUUUGAUGCUAUUAAUAGUAAUAUAAAUGAAAUUAGGCAAGAUAAAUCAUUUGAUAAUGUUUCAAGUGAGAAGAGUUUUUAG